UAAAUAGUUAGUCAACUGACAAGUUUUGUCAAUAAUUUUUAUUUACAAUUAAGAUCUUAAGGUCAUAAGACAAGGGUUCCAUCAGCCCUUACAAUGGAUUAUCAGAAAAAUAGUACUGAUAUUGUAUUUAAGAACCCGUACCUAAUCGGCCAAAUUGUAAGCCAUUUAGACAUCAGAUCUCUAUUUCAGAUGCAUUGUGUCUCUAAAGAAUCGUUUGACGCCUCGGUCUAUGAGUACGAGAAACGUAAAGACAUUAUACAUCUUUAUCUAUUAAAUUACCAACAAAUUGGUCUCAAUAGUGAUACUAAUAAGCUAUUUGAAUCGUUCACUCAUUACUCGAGCACUUGGCUUAACAUCCGACCAAAGCAUGUGAUAGUACUGGUCGGUGGUCAUCGAAAUGUUGUAGACUAUAGGUAUCGGCAAAACAGACUCCAAGAAAUCAGUAAAUAUUUGCCAAAAGAAUGUGAAAUCACAUAUUUAGACGUUGGAAGCACUGUCUUGACGAGUAGUAUUCGUUUCAGAAGUCUUACCAAUUAUGGUGAUCACAACAACAAAGAGCUAUUUAAAAGGACAGCCCAUCCAUGUCUGACAUCUCUUAUGUUCCCAGAGAUCGAAGGUAUUAAAGUCAAGAGUUAUCACAACAUCCAAGAGGUGGACAUCACUGAUGUUUCGGCUGUUCUUUAUUUUCAAUCAUUAAAAGUGACAAAACGGGUUCCAAAGGGUUCCUCUUAUGAGACACAAACUACUGAUUUGGUCAACAACUUAAAAACAAGACUCGAUGACAACAACAUCUGUUUUGGCGGCGGAUCAAUAUUUGUGGUCAAAAGUCGAACUAACUGUCCUCUACUUCUCGAUCAAAUUGUACUUACAUUUGGAGGAUCUUUAGUGCGAUCAGGAAGUCUGAUAAUGUCGAUGACUGACAAAUUUACAUAUUUGCCACAAUUAACACAAUUUAAGCAAAACUUGAGUUUCAAUUGUGAUGACUGGAAGAGCUCGAUGUCGAUUGCUUUCAUUGUAGCCAAUAGUCACAACUUUAGCAAUGAGUUCACAAUUGCUUUUCAGACAGUCUUUCCAUUUGUAGGAAUGAUUGGAUUUCAAUCAAAUGAACAAAUGUUUGGCAACUCUUUGGUCGCAAGUAAUAGCAUUUCAGACUCAAUGACAAACAAUCAGCAAAGUGUUGAUCCAAAGAGAAAAUGUGUUAUUGUUUUAAUUAACUUUGCAUUCAAAACAUUUUAUUGUAAAUGACUUAAAAACUCUGUCAUAUUUGCUGUCAAUCAUUGAAUAACUUUAAAUCUAAUUAAACCAAUGAAUAAAAAUAUAAGAAACA